AAAAGGCAAGCAACAAAAGAGAACUUGUUCAAGACGAGCAUUCCGGGGGGGGGGAAGCAUUGAACUUCAGAGGGGCAAAAGGAAGGGGGUGGGGGGUGAUUGACGGGUGGGAGAGCCCGGGAUGCGCGCGCAGCGGGUCUUCCCACCGCCCCCCGGGGAGGACUGGCGCCUGGUAACGUCAGCUGCCAGCGUGGAAACGGAGCUGAUGGCGGAGGCUGGAGCUGCGUUCGGGCGGCGAGGGUGGCGGUGAACGCGGUGCAACAGGCCGGCCGUCCGUCCCAGACAAUCCGUCCACUGAGAUUACUUAAAAAAAAUUCACCACUCUUUUCCCCUUUCCCCACCCAAACAAAAAUAAAACACAGCAUGGACAGCUCCUUGGAGAAGAUGGUGGACCCCACUUUGGCUGAGAUGGGCAAAAAUCUCAAUGAGGCCAUGAAGAUGUUGGAGGAGACUCAAAGGGAGGUGGAUGAAGAGAGAGAGAAAAAGAAAUUUUCUAGAAAAGAUAUUCCUGGUCCAUUGCAGGGCAGUGGACAGGACAUGGCAACUAUUCUACAACUUGUACAGAACCUUAUGCACGGAGAGGAUGAGGAGGAAUCGCAGUCGAUUCGAUUACAGAAUGUUGGUGAGCAAGGCCACAUUUCCUUAUUGGGACAUAGUUUGGCAGCGUAUAUUUCUGUGCUGGACAAAGAAAGAUUGCGAAAAUUGACCACAAGGAUUUUGUCAGAUACCACGCUCUGGCUGUGCAGACUUUUCAGGUAUGAAAAUGGGUCUGCCUAUUAUCAUGAAGAUGAUCGAGAAGGUGUGUUGAAAGUCUGCAAACUCGUCAUUCACUCAAACUAUGAGGACUAUGCAACAGAAGGUUUUAAUGUCUUGCAAAGAAAACUACCUGUCCUCUAUAUUAGUGCUGCAAGUAGAACAGGUCUGGGCCAGUAUAUCUGCAAUCAGCUUGGUCUCCCAAUUUCCUGUAUGUGUAGUGUGCCUUGUAACACCAUGUUUGGAUCUCAGCAUCAAAUGGAUGUAGCCCUACUUGAAAGGCUCAUUAAAGAUGAUAUUGAUUGUGGAAAGCUUCCCCUCUUGCUUGUCGCCAAUGCAGGUACACCAGGUGCAGGACAUACAGAUAAACUUGUACGAUUGAAGGAACUCUGCAGUCAGCACAAGAUGUGGCUGCAUGUAGAAGGUGUUAAUUUGGCCACAUUGACACUUGGUUAUGUUUCCUCAUCUGUACUGGCUGCAACUAAAUGUGACAGCAUGACCUUGACUUUAGGACCCUGGUUGGGUCUUCCAGCUGUGCCUGCAGUGACAUUAUAUAGACAUGAGGAUCCUUCACUGUCUCUAGCUGCGGGCCUCACCACAAGUCAGCCAGUUGAGAAACUUCGAGCUUUGCCUCUCUGGCUCUCUCUGCAAUACUUGGGACACGAUGGGAUAGUUGACAGAAUCAAGUAUGCUUCUCAGCUGAGCCAAAGACUGCUGGAAAACUUAAAAAAAUUAAGUUCUAUCAGAACCUCGGUUGAAGAUGAAUUCAAUUCUCCAGUGGUAGUUUUUAGAUUCGUCCAGGAGCAACCAAAAUCUGCUCUAAAUGGGGCUCAGUAUCAAACUGCUGCAGCUCAGGAAUCCAUAAAAGGCAGUGAAAGUGAGAUUGGAGAUGCACUGAAUCGUUGGUUGGGAGAACAGCUAGGACAGUUAGUUCCAGCCAGUGGUAUAGAUGUUGUAGAACUGGAAGAUGAGGGAGUCUGUAUACGAUUUAGUCCAUUGAUUACAGCAGCAGUUUUGAACACCAAGCCAGAACAUGUGGACCAAUUGGCUGAACAUCUGAAAGCAAAGAUUCCCAUCCUAAUUAGCACCUUACAACUUCGAGAAGAAUUUAAACAGGAGGUUUACAGGACAGCUGGCCUUUUGUACAUUGAAGAUCUAAAUUGGCCUGGAUUAGGUGCUAUACGGUAUGAAAUUAACAAUGAAGACCCUGACCCUGAGAAACAUUUAAUGGAGAUGGAAAAAAUCGCUACUGGAUUGCUAAAGAAAUUGAAGGAACUUGACUCCGAUUUGUUGUUCUCAACAGGGCCUGAGUUUGGAAGGGAGAAGAACGCCAUUUAUAUUGGUAUGGUAACUGACAAUUUAGAUGUGCCAGAACUUGUGGAGACCAUUGCAGCAACAGGCAAAGAAAUAGAGGAAAGUUCAAAGUUGUUGGAGAACAUGACUGAGAUAGUCCGAAAAGGAAUUGUUGAAGCAGAGCAACAGCUGCAAAAGGCCAGUGAAGCUAAACUCCUUGAAGAAGGAGUCCUGCGACAGAUUCCUGUAGUUGGCUCAGUGCUUAAUUGGCUGUCUCCAGUCCAGAGCUCAAUUAAAGGAAGAUCAUUCAAUCUUGCAGGAGGUUUUCUGGAGUCAACAGAAAAUGUGUUUGCAACGAAAGCCCAGACUUCUGGAGGAACCCCACCUACAACACCUACGGUUGCACACACUAAACACAAGUUACCAGGACAGAAAAUGUUUAGAAGGUCUUCCAAGACUCCUGCUUCAGAUGUGAUCAGUGAAACUUCUUCAGUGAGUCACACAGAGGAAGUAGAGGAAUCUCAAGCCAUUCAUGUGACAACCAGACUUGACAUUGAAAAUGUUCACAAACCUUCGGCUCAGCUGAAUGAUGAUUUGGAACUUCCUUCAGACUGUGACACAGAUAAACCUGAUACAAAUGGUGUCAACAUACAAGAAGUUCACCCAAGCUCUGUACCAGCAGAAGCUGAAGAUUUGGAGAAAGAAAGUCUUAGAUAAAACAACGACAAAAAAAAACACCUUUUUAGCAGUAAGACUUCAAAUUCAGAAAAAGCACAUGUCCAAUAUUUGGGAAUAAAUGGAAUCUUUGUAAGUAAACUGUGCCAUAUAAUACUACAGUAAGAUACUACUGUUCAAUGCCUUUAAUUAGGAUUUGCACAUGACUGACAUGAUGAGGAAUUUCAUGUGUUUCCCGCUGCCGAUUGUAAUUGAAAGUUUGAUUUUAAUAUGUUGACCUCUAAUGGAAUCUGGGAAGAGGGGUAAAUCUUAAGUGCAAUUGUUCAGUUUUCUGUAGAAUGCUAAGAAAUCUAUACUUCCUAAACUGCAGUAGAAUGAAGUAUGCUAUUUCCCCAUAAAUGGGUUAAUUUGUAAUUACUUUUAAAACUAGUAAAACUCUAUUGCUGUUAAUUUUGCACAUUGGUGGUUUUGUUCUUUAACUGUACCACCCAUUCUGUACAUCUUAAUUUAAAUUCACAAACCCUAAGGAAAAAAAAUGGUGUUUGUAUUUUUAGUUCACCAAAAACAAAAAUUGUUAAGUGUAAUUCAAAUUUAUUACUGGAAAAAUAUUAAAAUGUAUGGUUUUAAAGGAA